UAAAGGAUCUAAACCAACGAAAACAGAAAUCAGAAAAUUACCAAGAUCUGUGAUUACAUUAGUAAGACAGUGGGAUAAAAUUGUAGUUGUGAAAGGAAUUCUUUACAGAGUGGUAACAGAUCCUACAUUAGGAGAUUUAAAACAACUUAUUCUUCCCAGAUCAUUACGUGAAAAAGUGUUAUUCAGUUGUCAUGACAACUUGGGCCAUCAAGGGAUAGAGCGCACAUUUUCUGCUGUUCGUUCAAGAUGUUAUUGGCCUGGAAUAUUCAAUUCUGUGAAGGAUUAUUGUAAGCGCUGUGAACGUUGUGUAAUUUCCAAGAUGCCUCAACCAGCUAUACGCACUACAAUGAGCCACCUCAUCGCAUCUAGACCUCUGCAAAUUCUAGCAAUCGAUUUUACUGUUUUGGAACCAGCGCAUGGAAAAGAAAACGUUCUUGUGAUGACUGAUGUCUUUACAAAAUUUACGCAAGCUGUUCCAACAAAGGACCAGAAGGCAGAUACGUCUUACACCUGACCGAAAGCGACAUUGGCCAAAACAUCUGCCCGAAUUACUAUUUUCCUACAACGCAACACAGAAUUCAACAACCGGAUACAGCCCGUUUUAUCUUAUGUUUGGACGUCAUCCCAAGAUACCCAUCGAUUUUCUACUUGGAGCUUUGGACAGUGACGAUGAUGAUCAGAUGACGACUGACGAAUGGAUCAAAUCUCACCAGGACCGACUAAAGUAUGCGUUCGACAAAGCAAGUGAUCAUACGUCUCUGAUGGCCAAAAACAGGAAGUUGACCAACGACAGAAAAGCCUUUGACCCGGAAUUGAAUACUGAUGACAAAGUGUACGUUCGAAACCGUCAAAUCCGCGGCAGAAACAAAAUCCAAGAUUCAUGGGACUCUACUGUGUAUCGUGUUGUGAAUAUUUCAGGAAAUGUCGUUAGUGUCGUGUCAGACGAUGGCUGCCAGAAAACCUUAAACCGCCGUGAUGUGACGAGAUGUGUUUCCUAAAUAACGCUAUUACUUAUGCAAAAACUUUUUGUUACUUUUGAUGUUCAUAUGUAUAUUUUUCUGGAGAGUAUGUGGCUAUUAUUGAAAAAUGUAUUUUGAUAGAAUAUAUAUUUUUCAUUUAUCGAGACGCUAAAUUUAAAGCUGGGGAGUAUGUGGCGGAGUCAUAUUUAUUUAAAAUAAUUUUUUUUAUCUUUAUUGAAUAACUUAGUGAGCCAUAAUUUACUAUAUGCCAUAUUUGAUAGUAGUCUCCAUUCAUGAAUUCUACUCACAAAAUCUCAUUGGCCAGUAAA